AUGGACUCGAAGAUCUCGAGGCUCUGCAUGGCGGAGCCACUUCAUCAUGCCGUCCUCCGCGAGCAACCAGCCAUUGCCGGCCCAAGCUCGCGUGGGUACAAACACAUGUCCUCGCAAGAAAUCAAUGCCGCCAAGGAGCUGACUUCUAUGAAGGUGUGGCAGCCCGACAAGAACGGUCUCAUUCCCGAAGUUGAUAAGGGGUUUUGGGUGCAAGCCGUGGUGGGCUGUGAGCUGGAAGUACAAGCACUUCGCAGACGAGGGAUUGCCUCUGCAAUGGCGCAAGUCAUGAGCUUCAGUGUUCAGGACGAAUUGAUUGCGUUGCUUUUCAAUGAGUUUCAGAAAGAGCUGCUUGAUGGAUACGAGAACGUCUCGAUGGCACAAGUUGCGCAAGCCGAAAGGGAAGUCCAUGUCCGGCUAGGCGAGCUCACGCGGGCAGGUUUGGCUCCAGCAGCAGACGGAAUGCCGUUGAACAACCCGAUGGGCGAAGUGCUCAACACUCCCUGCGCCGCAUGUACGACCGAGUCGAAGCUGGACAGAGCUGCCGGCACAAGCCGUCACGAUGCAGCCUUCAGUAACGGCCUUCGACCUUGCAUCGGAUGGAUUAAAGUCGUUCGACAUUGCGGGUCUUCGGGGGGCCUCAGAGAAAUCGGCAUUCGGUAUUCUUCAGCUGUGGCGCAAGGAAGCUGGUAG